AUGUUGAAAGUCAGCGGCGAAGCGCUCGCGGGGGAGUCCGGGUUCGGGAUCGACCCCGCCGUGGUUCAAACCAUCGCGCGCGAGGUCGCGGAGGCGUCGCUCUCCGGCGUGCAGGUCUCCGUCGUCGUCGGCGGCGGGAACUUCUUCCGCGGCGCGCAGCACGAGGGCAAAGGCUUAGAUCGCGCGAGCGCGGACUACAUGGGGAUGCUCGCGACGGUCAUGAACGCGAUCAACCUCCAGGCCGCGGUGGAGAGCAACGGCGUCCCGACGAGAGUGAUGACCGCGUUCGCGAUGUCCGAAGUCGCGGAGCCGUACAUCCGCCGUCGCGCGAUUCGACACCUGGAGAAGGGGCGGGUGGUCAUCUUCGGCGCGGGCACGGGGAAUCCGUUUUUCACGACGGACACCGGCGCGGCGCUGAGAGCCGCGGAGAUCAACGCGCAGUGCGUCCUGAAGGCGACGAAGGUGGACGGCGUGUUCGACCGCGACCCGGUGAAGUGUCCGGACGCGAAGCUGUACGAGUCGUUGACGUACGAGACGGUUCAGAGGUUAGGUUUGGGCGUCAUGGACCUGACGGCGAUCACGCUGUGUCAGGAGAACGACAUCCCGGUGGUCGUGUUUAACCUCGCGGAGGAGGGGAACAUCGCGCGGGCGCUGAGAGGGGAUAAGGUUGGGACGUGCGUGAGCUCGGACGUGGAGAAGUACGCGAGGAACGAGUCCCCGGACGCGGCGAAGGGGAGCAAGUCGAAGCCUAGGUGA